AUGGUUGACUCUAGCAAGCAGGAAGCAGAUUGUGAGAAAAAUGUGUCGGAAGAUUGCACUCUUCCUGAUCCAUGGGCUUUGCUGCAUGUUACCAGCAGGAGAAAGGCUCCACCCAGAAAGAGAAGUUUACAAAUGGAGAAUAAUGAAUUGGCAGAUUUGCAAGCAGAAUAUGAAAAUUUGCUGUUAAAAAGAACAAUGAGCAAUAUUAAGAUUGACUACUUAACGAGGAAGCUUGCCGAGGCUGAACUCUAUGUGGAUGGGAAAUAUAAAGACAGUACUGCACAAAGUACAAUUGAUAUAUCUCUUCCAGAUGAAAAUAAAAGUUUGAGGGAGUUGGAUGCUAUUAUUGUGAUCAAGCAACUUCAAGAGAAGAUUGAUGUUUUGGAGAUGGAGAAAUCCUCAAGACAGCAAAAUUUGGAUUCAGUUGUUGAGUUAGUUACUUCGCAAAUAUUACCAGCCCGGGAGAAAUUUGAAAAGGUAUCAAGCUUUAACUUCUACUACAUAAAAUUAUAUGUAUUGUAGUUGUUUUUAAGACAAGUGGUGGCUCCUAUCCUAUGCAUUAAGAAUUCUGUCAACUGGUUUGCUUAGAAUGUUGCUACAUGCCAUAAGUACUCUUCGCAUUAGUUUUAUUUAUUCAUAUUCUAAAGGCGGAAGAAUAUUAUGUUUAUAUUAAGGUCUUCAUUACUGGUGUUGUCCAUGGAAGAAGAUUUUUCUAUGAAUAAACUAAGACAUUUUGCAAAUUUAGGAAAACUCAAUGACAAAUACACCUGGAAUAAAAAUUAAUUGCUGUGUCUUUAUUGUCGUAACAAUGAGAAGAAUGUUAAUUUUGAUUGAAUAGCCAAUUUGAUUCACAUCCGAGGUCAAUUUUAGGAUUUCCAGUGGACCUAGUUCCUCACAAGAAUAAUUUUAGAGUUCCUCUGUUGAGACAUAAGUUGAGGUAUUUCCUCAGCUGAACAUUAUCAAAAAACUGGAGAACUACAAUGUCCAAUUCUAUAGAGGU